GCUAGCCUAGUACUCCUUUCGCUUCGCCUUUCGCAUGGCCUUGUCGCUAACGAGGUUCACCUUCGCUCCCCGAGCUCGUACGCUCCGUCUCCGUCCCCUUCGUCGCGUAGCCUCCUCCUCCUACUCCUCGUCCAUGGCGAGUCCCUCCACAUCGAUGGUGGGCGUGGUCCAAAUGACCUCCACCAACGAUCUCCACGCCAACUACGCCACAUGCGCUCGUCUCGUCAAGGAGGCAGCUGCAGCUGGAGUAAAGUUGCUUUGCUUUCCUGAGAACUUCUCCUUUGUAGGUGCCAUGUCUGGCGAGUCUCUAAAGAUAGCUGAACAUCUAGAUGGGCCUAUAAUGCGGAGAUAUUGUGCACUUGCAAGAGAAUCAAAUAUAUGGCUGUCACUUGGAGGUUUUCAAGAGAAAGGACCGGAUGAUAGUCAUGUGUGUAAUACUCAUGUAUUGGUUGAUGAUUCUGGCAAAAUCAGAAAUGCAUAUCGGAAAAUACAUUUGUUUGAUGUGGAUGUUCCUGGAAAUAUGGUAUACAAGGAAAGCAGUUAUACGCAAGCAGGUGAUGCCAUAGUUGCAGCAGACAGCCCUGUGGGACGAUUGGGUUUGACUGUUUGUUACGAUUUAAGAUUCCCUGAGCUAUAUCAGCUGUUACGGUUUCAACACCAAGCACAGGUUUUAUUGGUACCAUCAGCAUUCACAACGGUAACCGGGGAGGCCCACUGGGAAAUUCUUCUUUGUGCUCGUGCAAUUGAGACACAGUGCUACGUUGUAGCUGCGGCUCAAGCUGGCAAGCACAAUGAGAAGAGAGAGACUUACGGUGAUUCUCUAAUUAUUGAUCCGUGGGGAACAAUUGUAGCCAGACUCCCAGAUCGCUUGUCCACGGGAUUUGCUGUUGCUGAUAUCGAUCUUUCGAAGAUCGAUGCUGUGAGAACUAGGAUGCCAAUCUCUAUGCAUCGGAGAUUUGACAUUUGCUUGAAACCAUCGUCUGGGUAAACUCUGCUUCGAAAUUCGACUUUGCAUUUUGGCAAAGCCGCACUUGUAUAUUCUGCAUAUUUUUUUAUCAAUGUUAAUUGUGAAGUGGUAAAUUGAGAUGCCUUUUCCUCACGUAGAUAAUAAGCUAAUUAAAAUAAAUAUUUCUGCUUGAUUUUU